AUGGACCGGAGGAGUUGGCUUUGGCGCCGGAAGUCGUCUGAGAAAAGUCCCAAUGGUGAAACAGAAAGCUCAGGAUCAAUAACAUAUCAUUCAGAAAGAUUUUCUGAUGAUCAGGCAUCAUCAAAUCAAAGUACUCACUCACCAGAAGUAGUAUCUAAAGCUGCAUCCAGCGAUGAAGAACUUAAUGAAAGUGUGAAGACUUUAUCCGAGAAAUUAUCAGAAGCUCUUCGAAACAUUCGUGCAAAGGAGGACUUGGUAAAGCAGCAUGCCAAAGUUGCAGAGGAAGCUGUCUCAGGAUGGGAGAGAGCUGAAAAUGAAGUGUUAGUUCUGAAGAAACAAACUGAGGUCUUAACUCAGAAAAACUCAGUCCUUGAAGAACGCGCUGGACAGCUUGAUGAAGCCCUUAGGGAGUGUUUGAGACAACUUCGACAGGCAAGAGAAGAGCAAGAACAAAAGAUUUAUGAUGGUGUUUCUCAUAGAAGUUGUGAAUGGGAAUCGACAGAGUCGGAACUUGAAAACCAACUUGUCGAACUCCGUUCUCAGCUUCAAAAUGCGAAAACAGAUGUCGUUAAGCUUGAAGCCAUGGAGAAAGAGAACACAAUCCUUAAGCAUGAGCUCCACUCCCAAGCUGAAGAACUGAAACUGAUGACUCGUGAGAGGGACUUAAGCACCCGUGCUGCAGAAACUGCUAGUAAACAGCAUCUUGACAGCAUAAAAAAGACAGCAAAGCUUGAGGCAGAGUGUUGCAGGCUAAAGGCAGUGGCUCGCAAAACAUUGCCUGCAAACGAUCUCUAUUCUGUUACUUCAUCAACAGUUUAUGUAGAAUCUAUUGCAGAUAGUCAGACUGAUAGUGGAGAUAGGCUAUUGGUUAUUGACAAUUGCAAGAUAAAAGGAUUGGAACCGGUCGACCGCUGGUUUUGCCACCCUGAAUCGCGGGUUUUAGUGGCAGAGAGAGAUCAAUUUAAGAAUGACAGAACUCUGGGAAGAAAUCAUAUUGUUUCUUCUGUUGAGCUUGAUCUCAUGGAUGAUUUUCUUGAAAUGGAGAGGCUUGCAGCCUCACCUGAGACAGAGAGUGGAAGCUGCCCUGAAACAGGAGCCUGGGGCGGGGAACAACAUUUAAAAGCUGAACUGGACACCAUGAUUACUCGGACAGCUGAACUAGAAGAAAAGUUGGAGAAGGUGGAAGCGGAUAAAGUAAAUUUGGAAAUGGCUCUAAUGGAGUGCCAAAAACAACUUAAGACGUCCCAAGAUCAACUAAAGGAGACUAAGUUGAAGUUGAUGGAUUUGGAAACUCUGCUUGCUAUGGUAAAUGAAGCAAAGAGAGCUGCUGAGCUACAAGUUGAGGCUGCCAAUGAAAAUCACACCAAAUCAACAAAGCAUUUAGAAGAAGCCAAGGUCAAUCUGGUCGAACUUCAAAAUCGGUUAAUAGUUGCAAAUGAGGAAGUUUGUGCGGUCAGGUCCGAACUUAAAACUAGCACUAUGAAGAAACAAGAAGCUGAGUUACGAGUCAAAGAUCUGGAACUUGAGUUGGAAACCUUGUAUUCAAGCAUUGGUGCUUUAGAAGAAGAGGUCAAAAAAGAACGAAGUGUUUCAGGGGAAGCUGUUUCGAGGUGUCAGACAUUAGAAAAGGAGAUUUCAAGAAUGAAACUGGAUUCUCAGCUUCAGAGAUCGGUUGUCAUUGAAGAGUUCAGAAUCAAUCAGGAUAAAGAGUUGGCAGUGGCUGCUAAUAAGUUCACUGAUUGUCAAAAGACAAUUGCUUCUCUCAGUCGACAGCUAAAAUCUCUUGCGACAUUGGAUGAUUUCCUCAUAGACUAA